AUGGGGCUAGCCACCUGGAGGAGCAGUGUGCCUGCCUUUGACCCCAAGGCUGCUCCUGGCGGGGGCUCAGCGCCGGGAUCUAUGGCCCGGGUGGAGUGGCCCAGCACGGCUCCUCGACAGCUCCCCGCGGGCGAGGGCUGCGAUCCGGGCAGGGGAAGGGAGGUGGCUGGCGGCACCCUAGGGAACAGCCUUUGGCUGGGGGACGCCCGGCCCGAGAGGCACGAAAGCCACGGCAAAGGUCACCGGCCGGCGGGACGCUGGGCCUGCUCUGGGCUGGGAGAACUCGGAUAUCCAGACCGGGUGGGCAGGAAUAGCUCGGCGGGUCGCGAACUGGCUGCGGACCCACGACCCACCACCCACGCAGCCCCAGCCUCUGGGAACCAGCGAGCCCCGCCCAGGCCCCGCCCAGGCCCCGCCCCCGAGACUGCGGCCCCGCCCCGCCCCCGCGGCCAGCGCCGGCGCGCGCUCUUCCUCCGCCCACUCGGGCCUGUCGCGCCCGCGGUGCUUGCAGCCAUGGUUGUCUGGCGCCCGGCUCUCCUCAUCUGCGUCGCGUUCUCCCUGGCCACCCUGGUGCACAGAGGAGCUGGGGACAAGAAUGAUGUAUUGAGUCUGGAAUACGCACUGCCAGAAAGUUCUUCAGUAAAGCAGCGAUGGGACCACCUCACCACCACCACAACCAGGAGGCCAGGAACAAUCAGGGCCCCCGUGAUUCCUGCAGAUGAUGACUUCAGCUUAUAUGAUGCCUUGGAUGACCGAAAUGACCUAGAUGGUGGCCAGAAGAAGCCCAGCGCAGGAGGAGGCGGAGGGUUUUCGGACAAAGACCUUAAAGACAUACUAGAAAACGAUGGCUACAGACCUGAUAAAGGUGACGAUGGCCGUGGUGUCAGCGACAACUCUGGAUCCGGCAUGACCGUGGAGACAGGCACGAUCGCCGGAAUGGCCAGCGCGCUGGCUAUGGCACUCAUUGGCGCCGUGUCCAGCUACAUCUCCUACCAGCAGAAGAAGUUCUGCUUCAGCAUCCAGCAUGCAGCAGAAGGUCAAGAUGGGCUCAACUCGGACUACGAGAGGGGACAGAACCUGGAGGCUGUGGUGUGCCAGGAGCCAAAAGUGGAGUACUCCGCACUGCAGAGCCAGGCUGCUGAGCCGCCCUGUAUCUGAGCUCCGCCUCCGCGGCCCGCGGCCCCAUGGCCCCUCCGCCUCUGCGCUGCGCUCCCUGUGUCACUGGCUUCUUGUCGCUCCUAGUUCUCUAGACAAGCUUCAUGUGUUCGUGAGUGUGGUCCCCACGCACGUCCUCGUGGUCCUGUGGAGACGUGGUGCCCACGACCGGCCCAAAGGGCGGCCCCCUGCCAGGCUGGGCGUGGCUCCCUGAAGCCAGACUCAGGCUGGCGCUGGUGGGCCCCGACGGGGCGGGGCGGACACUGCCUUGCCUUGCCGGGACCCCAGCCCAUGCGCUUCGGGAGGGAGGGGGUGUCUUCAGUUCCCCAGGCUGUUGCUGGCCCAGGUGUGGACCUUCGAUCGCCCUCCGGCUCUAGUGAAGCUGGCUGGGGACCCCCCAAGCUGGCCAGGAGCCACUCCACUUGGGCUGGAGCAGAGCAGGUGUCCAAGGGGUCCCCAAGUGUCAACCCCAGGUUCCGGGGUCACAGGGCUGGAGGGAACGCAUCACUUCACAGGCCACGGGCUGGGCGACUGCUUCCUGCCACCCUGCGCUGGGACAAGGCCAAUUCCCCGUUUGUUUGUUUUUUUUAAAGAAAACCAAUGACCCCCUAACAGCCCCGUGCUGUGUACUGCAUGCUGUGUGUGCGCGCGCGCGUUUGUGGUUUUCAAGCCCCACGGUGGAGGCCGUCGGGCACUGUCUUCUCUGGAGGGGAUGAGACCCCAGACCGCAGGUCUGGAGGGGCUGCGGCGCCAGAGGAGGGGACAUGUAGCCCAGAAACCCUGUCUUGAGGAGCUGUGUGGCCCAGAAGGGUCGGACCUGUCCCCAGGCCGCGUGGCUGCGGGGCACUGGCACCUGGAUGGCAGAGGCUGUGGCCUCAGAGGCCCGCAGCCACGUGUAAAGUAAACGUUCUUUGCGAAAACAUUUUCUGGGUAGCACUGACUUCAGUGGCCGGCAGCCCACUCUCCUUUAGCUACCUUGGUGCCUUCUGCAUAAGCCCUUCUGCAUAAAACCCAUCACUCGGCCCGCAGGCGCUGGCUCCUAGCACCAGGCCAGGCCCGGGCCGCCCCCAGCCUCCGGUUCGCAGUCUCACCCCAGGGGCUCCCUUUCCACUGUCACCUCACCCUUGCUCGGGUGCUGUGGCCAACACAGGCCUGGCGGCCCCCUCCUCACUGUGUCCACUCGAAGGUUCCUCGGCCAGCGUGGGCUGCCUGGGCGGAGGGCAGCCACCAGCCAGGGGACGCCCGCUGGCUCUGGCGGUGCCUGGGGGAGCGCUCUUGGGUGCGGCGGGCCCAGCUCCAUGAGGAAGACGUAUUGGAGACCAACCUCUGACCUGUCCCCCCAUCUGUGCUGUGUCCCCGUGUGAACUGUAAACUGUCGUGUCUGCAUUAAAUCACAUGGAACUUG